AUGGGCGUGUCGGCGAGGCUUGCGGUGGCCUACAUCGCCGGCGAUUUUCGGCGUCUGGUGGUGGCCGACGGGGAAAUAGCGGGUCAAUUCGUCGGACUCCGAGCUUCCCGGCAAGCGCGCGUCGGCGAGAAGAACGAGGGGAAGACGGUGGUGAUGGGUGUACCCUCGGCGAGGCACGGGGCUGCCUCUAUCGCCGGCGUGGGCUUGGCCAUUGGUGGUUGCUCCACGGGCUGCUGCUGGGCUCGGUGGUUGUCCAGGUAUUUCAAUGAGAUUAUUGAUGGCAUCAUUGAGGCAGUCCAGUAUGCAAUUACUGCUAAACAUCGCAAUGUCUCCAAAGCUGAAUUGUGUGUUACUAAUGUGUUGGAAUUCUUGAAGAAUUUGAAGUCUGAACCUAAUCUAGUCACAAGAGAAGCUACCAUCCCCAAAUGUGAUGUGAUACCUAAUAUUGUUGCCUCUCCAGACGGGAAAAUGAAAAUCAGCCCCAAACGGAAUUCUGACAUAGCUAGCAACCUUGGGUUCAUUAACCAACAUGAAUUAUUGCAAAGAGCAAGCAAUGAUGCAGUGGAUAAUAAUUUUAUCGAAGUGUUUGAGAGUCCGGAAUGUGUGAUGACAAAUAAAGCCGAGAAAAGCUCUGUUACAGCUCCUGCAAUGCCUCCUGUGUGUAAGGUUAUGUCAAGGUUUCCUCAUUCAGCUGCUAAUGAUAACAACGAUGUCCAUCAAUCUAUAUCCUUUGGAGGUUUUGUUGUGGAGAACAAUAUCACAUCUCCUAUUUCGAAGAUCAAUUUUGCUCAAUGUUUUGUUGAAAAGGAUGUCUCUGGUAUUCAAAUGUCUCGAGGAGUUACAGUAGAGAAGAAAACAUGUAGAAGCAGCACUAUUAGUGGAUCAAAAGCAGCUCCUAUCCUCGUAGCUGAGAACUCUCCGAAACCUAUUUUGAAUUCUCCAAAAGUUAAUAAUGGGUCAAAGGAUUUCCGCUUGAGACAAGUUGAGCUUGCUAGCAAAAGCGAUGAACUGUAUAACAAGUUGAAUAACAAUGCUGUUCAGAAGGAUAUACACCCGCCUGCUGGAAAAUUUCAAAUUGAUAAUAACUUGGAUCAGUAUAUAGAUCUGUCGCAGCAUGUUGCUGAAGAGAAGUUCCCGAAAGAUGAUAUCAUCAUUCUGCAGCCCAAAAACUCUUUGGAGCUCCCUUUGCUUCAGAAUCGUCGGUUUCCUAUUACAAACGAUGAUGUCAAAAACUUCUGUUCUAUUGUAGAAUUGGCAUACACAAAAGGAGUGCAAAAGUCAUGCUCUGUUAAGUUCUCUAAGGUUCAUUGUAGCUUCAUAUCACUUGGGCAAUCUUUACAGAGGGAAGGCCACAUUGACAACUUCUUGAUUCCAGUUUUUUGUCGGAAAUUGUUCGAGGAUAAUCAUCCUAGUAAAUCUGGGAGGCACCAUUUCAUCUCCUUCAUUGGUGAAAACAUUUUGGACUAUAACAAUGAAGUUCAGCUAGGAUUAAUUUCUAAAGCUUUUCUUGGUGCAGCAUCUGCAAGCAAAGGGAAGAGACUGGAGCUAUCUGACAUGCUAUUUUUCCCAAUAUGCCGCUCACGUCAUUGGUUUACCUUUUCCAUUAAUUUCAAGUUCAAGUUGUUUAUCUUUCUCGAUUCUCUUUACAACCAAGACGAUGAAUUCCAUACUUCCAUCAAAAAUGUCCUUAUUAACAACUUUGUAAAACUAUGGCAACUGAUAUUCCAAACCGAGGAGAAUAUUUUUAGGAACUUUUCAAUAAUGUAUGCCAAAGUCCCAAAGCAAGGCAACGUUGAUGACUGUGGGGUGUUUACUAUGAAAUUUAUGGAGAUUUUCAAACCCGAGGUGGACACAUGCUCAUUAUUUUGCAAGGAAGACAUUAUUCAUAUCAGAAUUCAGAUUGCCAAUCAGCUAUUUUUCUGCAAAAGGAACAAUGUAGAUAAAUCAGUGGUUCUGAACUAUAAGAUCCAGGCAUAGGUCCUUUGUGGCGUUAUUUUUUGGGAAUUAAGAAGCAGAAUACUUGUGUCAUUUUUCAAUUCUAUAAGAACUCUUGAUUAGUAUAUAUUUGUAUUGUACUUAUCAUUUCGUUUUUUAUGUAAAACAUUACUAAUCCAUAUAAGAAUA